AUCCUCGACUCUUUCCCUCGUUUCUGCUCUCUCUCUCUCUCUUUUUCUUUUCAGUAUACUGAUCACUCCUCAGUACCCAGUCAUUCCUUUGUCAUUUGACACCUGCUGAACAAUUACCUGUGCCGUGCACGGUUCUGUUCAUCCAUUCCUUAUCCUAAGCGCUACUUGAGUUCCAAGUAGCCAUACCACUACCUCCUAAGAACUCGAGAACCGGUCUUCUCAGUCUAUCAACCCUCCAAAACAAAAGAGCAAAAUGGUCUCCUUCACCAAAGCCCUCCUCAUCGCCAGCAGCGUGGCCAGCACCGCGCUGGCGAUGCCCUCGCACAUCCACGCCAACCGCCACACCGGCGCCAACCACCCGCACGUCACCCUCGAGCAGCGCAGCAUCAACAGCACCUCGGGCAAGCGCGGCGCGGCCUACAACAGCGCCAGCACGGUGACCACGCUGGCCCACAGCGGCACGGUUACCUGGGGCUACGACUGGAACAUGUACAGCGACGGCAGCCUGCCCUCGCACGUGGAGUACGUGCCGAUGCUGUGGGGCAGCAAGAUGUUCGGGACGUGGUUCACGGCCAUCGAGACGGCCCUGAACAGCGGCAGCAAGUACAUCCUGGGCUUCAACGAGCCCGACAACAGCGGGCAGGCCGCCAUGUCCUCCUCGGCGGCCGUGUCUGCCUACCAGAAAUACAUCACCCCGUUUAAGGGGAAGGCCAAACUGGUCACGCCCGCCGUCACCAACGGCGUCGGCGCCGACACGGGCCUCGCGUGGGCCGAGAACUUCCUGUCCGGCUGCGGCGGCAGCUGUGGCGUGAGCGUGCUCGCCGUGCACUGGUACGGCGACUCGGCCGCCGACUUCAAGACCUUUGUGGGCAAGGCCGUGGCGCUCGCCGACAAGUACGAUCUCGACGAGACCUGGGUCACCGAGUUCGCCCUCAACAGCGCCGUUGGUGCCGGCCAGGGCACCCAGGAGGCCGCCUCCUUCCUCGAGGAGGUUGUCCCCUGGCUCGAUGGCCAGAGUGGCGUCGGCCGCUAUGCGUAUUUCAUGUGCGCCGAGGGCUAUCUGUUGAACGGGGACGGCUUGAGUGCCUCCGGCCAGGCGUAUAUCGCUUAGGCAUCGCCUCGCCUCGCCUCGCCUCGCCUCGCCUCUUGACUUUUGACUCGAUGACUUCUGAUUUGGCGGAGAGUGAUGUGGGGAGCGGUUUUGGCUUUGCCAUUGCCAUUGCCAUUGCCUUUGCCUUUGCCUUUGCGUUUACCAUUACCAUUACCAUUACCAUUUUGCCUCAGGAAAAUACCUCCCUCGAGCGGUGAUUUGUUUAUCAUGAUGAUUAUCGGUUUUACAGUGUUACACUUUUGAUACCAGUUUGAUUUUUUUUUAUUUGGUGUUGUACUCACAGAGUCACAAUUUGUUUCACCCUGAUUCCCAUUGUCCAUACAGUUCCAUGAAUCUGAAACAACAAAAAGUCCAUACAAAGACCAUUGUAUUGUUCCUACAUAGUACAAUCCUCCUACAAUUCCAACAAUUCCAACAUUCCAAC